UGGAGAGAGUCCAAUUGAAGACUGUGUGGUCUUGGGAGUGAAAAUCUCCAACAAAAAACUCUGCUGAACAAGAAGAAGAAACACAAGAUCCAAGUGGAAGAACUGGAGAAGUAAUGGAUAGAUCUGAUUCGUCCUCCGACGGAUCAGACGAUCGUCAAAACCUUAUCGAACAGAAUGGAACCGAACGCCUCCCUUCUCCUCGCAAUCGCUCCACAACCUUCGACAUUGACGACGAUCGCCAUUUUCGGCCUCCCAUUCACAGAUUCCGUUUCUCCAUUCCCAAAUUUUCAUUUCACAAGAGGUACUACUACCUAUUAGCGGCCGCUCUACCUCUUUGCAUUAUCGCUAUAUUUUUCUCUGCCGAAAUCCGAAGUCUCUUCUCUUCUGUGAAUAUCUCUUCCACACUCGGAAGUUCCGAUUCCCUCAGUCACCGAAGGAGGGAAUCGGAGUUGAGAGCUUUGUAUUUGUUGAGGCAACAACAACUGGAUUUUUUCGAUAUUUGGAAUCAUUCUAACACAACUUUCAACUCGACCGCUACUAAUAAUUUGAGUUCAAAUUCAGCCCCAGGAGACGCAUUCAUAGAAGAUCUCAAAUCUGCUAUAUUGAAGCAAAUUAUUUUGAACAAAGAGAUCCAAAACGUUCUUCUGUCCCCCCAUCGGUCGGGGAAUUUAUCUGAGGUAGUUGGUGAUGCUCAUACGAUGGGAACAUUCACCAUUGAUCAAUGUGGAAAGAUUGACCAGAAAUUGUACGGCAAACGAACAAUUGAGUGGAAGCCCAAAUCGAACAAGUUUUUGUUCGCUAUAUGCACUUCGGGGCAAAUGUCUAACCAUUUGAUCUGUUUGCAGAAGCAUAUGUUCUUCGCUGCUAUCCUCCACAGAAUUUUAAUCAUUCCUAGUCACAAAGUUGAUUAUCUGUUCAGUAGGGUAAUUGACAUUGAAAAUAUCAAUACGUGCUUGGGAAGAAAGGUUGUCAUCUCUUUUGAAGAGUUUUCUGAGAUUAGGAAGCACCACUUGCACAUUGAUCGGUUCAUCUGUUACUUUUCAAAACCAGAUCCUUGUUAUGUGGAUGAAGAACAUAUUAGAAAGUUGAAGAACUUGGGGAUCUCUAUGGGCAAGCUUGAAUCUGCUUGGAAUGAAGAUGCUAAGAAGCCCACUGGAAAGACGGUUUCAGACAUUGAAUCCAAAUUCUCUUCCAACGACGAUGUUGUAGCAGUAGGAGAUAUUUUCUUUGCUAAUGUAGAGAAAGAGUGGGUGAAUCAACCAGGCGGCCCCAUCGCUCACAAAUGCCAGACUUUGAUUGAACCAAGUCGUCUGAUCAAGCUGACAGCCCAGCGAUUCAUUCAAACGUUCUUAGGAAAGAAUUAUAUGGCAAUCCAUUUCCGGCGACAUGGUUUUUUGAAGUUCUGUAACGCAAAGCAGCCAAGCUGCUUUUACCCCAUUCCUCAAGCAGCAGACUGCAUAAUUCGAAUGGUUGAAAGGGCGAAUGUGGCAGUCAUUUAUCUUUCCACAGAUGCAGCAGAGAGUGAAUAUGGAUUGCUGCAAUCACUUCUUGUGUUGAAUGGGAAGUCCAUACCACUUGUUAGAAGGCCUCCUCGUAAUUCAGCUGAAAAAUGGGACGCCUUGUUAUACAGGCAUGGGAUUGAGGGACACUCUCAGGUUGAAGCGAUGCUGGACAAGACAAUCUGUGCUAUGUCGAGCACAUUUAUCGGUGCAUCUGGGUCUACAUUCACAGAGGACAUUUUGCGGCUACGGCAGGACUGGGGCUCCGCGUCUCUGUGUGAUCAGUAUCUCUGCCAGGGCGAGGAACCAAAUUUCAUUUCAGAUCAGAAUGACAUGUAGAGAUUCGAUUGUGUAUAGCCUUGGUCUGGAAUUGAGUCCACAAAAUGAUAUGAUACCUCGCGAAGUUUGCACGAAUUCCUUGCAUAUAGCAAGUCCUCUCUCAUAACAAAAUACUCACGGCUGUAAACAGUGUAUAUAGAGAAAUACAAUGGAGAUGGCCAGUAAGAACUGGAUCAGCCAUCCUUGCAAUGUACCUGUUACACUGAACUUUAUAAUCCACAAUAAUUCCAGUA